AUGUUUAAAUCAUUUUUCGUAUUAUUAUCAACCACAUUAGCAUUCACAAGUGCAAUUGAUUGUUCAGUAAAAGAGUUACAGCCGUAUAAUUUAGAAUUAAUAAAAGGUAUUCAUUCAAUAACUACUAUCAAAAAUACACCACCAUCAAAAACAAAUAUAACUUGGAAUUUAGGUAUAUGUGAAACUAUAAAUAAUAAUCAACAACCAUAUAAAGAUUGUCCUUCAAAUUCAGAUAUUUGUGGAAUAACAUCAAUAAUAUUAGAUAAUAAUAAAGAUAAUAAAGAUCAAAUAGUAUAUGAAGUUUUUGGAUUUAAUUCAAAUAUUCAAAAAAAUUAUAUUGAAUUAGGUAAAGAUGGAGAAGAUGGUAUUACAAUUGUAAUAAAUGGAGUUAAUUGGGGUGAUUCAAUAAUAAAUGCAGAUUUAACAUUUAAAUGUGAUAAAAAUAUUAAUAAUUAUGAAAUUUUAUCAAAUGAAUGGGAUGGAAAAAAUUUAAGAAUUUCAAUAGCAUCAAAAGGAGCAUGUAUUACAAGUGAUAAAGAUAAGAAAAAAGAUAAUGAUAAUAAAAAAAAUAAUGAUAACAACAACAAUAAAAAAAAAGAUAAUGGAGAAUCAUGGGGUUGGUUUACUUGGAUAUUUAUCUUUUUAGUAUUAUUUUUAAGUAUUUAUAUUAUUGGUGGUGCUUGGUUUCAAUAUAAUAAAGGUAAUGCAAUUGAUUUUCAAAGUGCUUUAAAAGAAGUUAUUGAAAAUUUUAUUGAAUUAUUAAAAGGUUUACCUAAUUUUAUAAGAGAAAUUAUUGAAAAAUUUACUGGUAAUAGUAGUAAUAGAGGUGAUUAUAGUGCUGUAUAA